AGACACAAAUACAUUCGCUCACAGAAAUGCAUUUACAGAAGAACAGAUGUUUCAAAGAGCCUUGCUGCGUUACAUUCCAUUAUAUUUCCCUAUUUUUAAAUGAUGACGUUUUAAAACGUAUUGUAUGUAUGAAGAAUAUGGACGCAAAAAGAAGGACACGUGGAGCCGCGCUGCUGUGUGGCGCUGUGUCCCUAUCACGUGGUUUGUCCACAACCAACGAAGAAGACGAAGCCGCAACCUUCCGCUUUGACUCCGGGUUACAAAACGAAAGCUUUGCUUCCAUAACGCUCGCAAGCGGCGCGGCUCGGAUCCUCCUGCGGCGCGCGGAUGGGGCUUCACGGCUUCUGCAGCGCGGACACUUCCGAUCCGUUCUGGGAUUGGAACCGUACGUGGUACACGACCAAGCCGGACUUCACGCAGUGCUUCCAGAACACCGUGCUGGUGUGGCUGCCAUGCCUUUACCUCUGGAUAUGCGCCCCCCUCUACCUCCUCUACCUCCGUAGCCACGACCACGGCUACAUACGUAUGAGUCACAUCAACCGAGCCAAAACUGCUGUUGGUCUUCUCCUGUGGAUCAUCUGCUGGGCAGAUGUUUUCUUUUCUUUCUGGGAAAGAAGUUAUGGCAGCAAUGUCCUGGCACCUGUCCACCUCAUCAGUCCCACCAUGCUGGGCUUCACCAUGCUGCUGGCCACCUUGUUAAUCCAGUACGAGCGGAUGAAAGGGGUCCAGUCCUCCGGCGUGAUGCUGCUCUACUGGCUGCUGGCGCUGCUGUGUGCCACAGUCACCUUCGGGUCCAAGAUCUCCCGGGCCCUGGACCAGCCGUUGACUGUGUCUGUGUGGAGGUACACCACCUUCUACACCUACUACGCUCUGCUGCUGGUUUCUCUGUGCCUGUCCUGCCUGACGGACCAGCUGCCGCUCUUCUCCGAAGCCGUCAAAGACUCGAACCCCUGCCCUGAGCGUGGAGCCAAUUUCCUCUCCCGAAUAACCUUCUGGUGGAUCACCAGGCUGAUGGUGACGGGCUACAGGCGUCCUCUGGAGGAAAAGGACCUGUGGUCCCUGAACUCUGCGGACCGCUCCCACAAAGUGGUCCCAGAGCUGGUGGGCCGCUGGAAUGUAGAGUGCCAAAAGGUCAAAAGGACGGAGCAGAGAACGCUGUACUCCCCCAGAGAAGCUCCGCCCAGUGAGGGCAAGGAGGGCCGCGCUGUGGAGUCGGAGGUGCUAAUUGUAAAGGCCCAGAAAGCAAAGGAGCCCUCCCUCUUCUGGGCUCUGUGCCUCACGUUUGGGCCCUACUUCCUCAUCUCCUGCCUCUACAAGAUCAUCCAGGACAUCCUCAUGUUCGUUGGGCCCGAGAUCCUCCGGCUGCUGAUCCGCUUUGUCAACAACUCCAGCGCCCCCUCCUGGCACGGGUACUUCUACACGGCGCUGCUCUUCAUAUGUACCUGUGUGCAGUCGCUCAUCCUCCAGAAGUACUUCCACGUCUGCUUCGUCUCGGGCAUGCGUCUGCGCACUGCCAUUAUAGGAGCCGUCUACAGGAAGGCCUUGGUGAUAAGCAGCGAGGCGCGCCGCACCUCCACGGUGGGAGAGAUCGUCAACCUGAUGUCGGUGGACGCUCAGCGCUUCAUGGACCUCAUCACUUACAUCAACAUGAUCUGGUCCGCCCCUCUGCAGGUGGUGCUGGCGCUCUACUUCCUCUGGCAGAACCUGGGUCCGUCCGUGCUGGCUGGAGUGGCUGUGAUGGUUCUCAUGGUUCCCAUCAAUGCUGUCAUCGCCAUGAAGACCAAAACCUACCAGGUUGCUCAGAUGAAGAGCAAAGACAGCCGCAUCAAGCUGAUGAAUGAGAUGCUGAAUGGCAUCAAGGUGCUGAAGCUGUACGCCUGGGAGCUGGCCUUCAAGGACAAGGUCUCCAAGAUCAGAGAGAGCGAGCUGCAGGUUCUGAAGAAGGCCGCCUACCUGGGCGCCGUGUCGACCUUCACCUGGAUCUGUGCCCCGUUCCUGGUCGCCCUGUCGACCUUCGCUGUGUACGUGCUGAUUGACGAGCACAACGUGCUCGAUGCCCAGAAGGCCUUCGUGUCACUGGCCCUCUUCAACAUCCUGCGUUUCCCUCUCAACAUGCUGCCCAUGGUCAUCAGUAGCAUGGUGCAGGCCAGCGUGUCCUUGAAGCGGCUGAGGGUGUUUCUCUCUCACGCGGAGCUGCAGGAAGACGGCGUCGAUCACAAAGCAGCAGUCGGCACCUCACACAGUGUCUCCAUAGUGGACGGCGUCUUCAGCUGGUCCAGAGCCGAGUCGCCGACGCUCAAGAGGCUGAACGUGUGCAUCCCAGAAGGCUCUCUGGUGGCGGUGGUGGGACACGUGGGUUCAGGAAAGUCCUCGCUGCUGUCGGCCCUGCUCGGAGAGAUGGACAAGCUAGAAGGAAGUGUGGCCGUGAAGGGCUCAGUGGCCUACGUUCCUCAGCAGGCCUGGAUCCAGAACGCCACCCUGAGAGAGAACAUCAUGUUCGGUCAGGAGAGCCGAGAGGCCUGGUAUCAGCGCGUGGUGGAGGCCUGCGCCCUUCAGCCUGACCUCGAGAUCCUUCCAGCUGGAGACGAGACCGAGAUCGGAGAGAAGGGAGUGAAUCUGUCCGGGGGUCAGAAGCAGAGGGUGAGCCUGGCCCGGGCCGUGUACUGUGAGCGGGAUGUCUACCUGCUGGACGACCCGCUGUCUGCUGUGGACGCUCACGUAGGCAAACACAUCUUUGAGCAGGUGGUCGGCCCACAGGGACUGCUGAAGGACAAGACCCGUGUGCUGGUGACACAUGGACUGAGCUACCUGCCUCAGGCGGACCUCAUCCUGGUCCUGGUGGAGGGAGAGGUCAGCGAGAUGGGCUCCUACCAGCAUCUCAUGGCCACAGAGGGAGCCUUCGCUGAGUUCCAGCGGACGUACGCCGCUGUCGAGCACGCCGACCACGAUGAAACUGUGCCAACGAGUGGAACCAAAGCCUCAGAGGGCUGCAGCGCCGCUGCUCCUGCUGGUCCAGAAGUAAGCCGUGUGUCCAAACCGGGACAGACGGGCGAGGAGGACAAGGUGCCGGGCAAGAAAGCCAAGCAGGCCGAGGGGGGCAAGCUGACGGAGGCGGACAAGGCCAGCACCGGACGGGUCAAGCUCUCGGUGUUCGGCUCGUAUCUGAAAGCCAUCGGAGUGCUUCUGUCCUGCGUCAGUCUGCUGAUGUUUCUGGCACAGCACCUGGGCUCCCUGUCCUCCAACUACUGGCUCAGCCUGUGGACCGACGACCCCGUGGUCAAUGGCACUCAGCCCAACAGGCGGAUGAGGCUGGGGGUGUACGGCGCCCUUGGCUUGUUCCAAGGCCUGGCGGUCUUCGGUUACUCCCUCUCCGGGUCUAUCGGGGGCAUCCUGGCGUCCCGCUGUCUCCACCAGUCCAUGCUGUACGACGUCCUGCGCUCGCCCAUGUCCUUCUUCGAGCGAACCCCCAGCGGCAACCUGGUCAACCGCUUUGCCAAGGAGAUCGACACCAUCGACUCAUUGAUCCCCAGCAUAAUCAAGAUGUUCAUGGGCUCCAUGUUUAAUGUGGUGGGCUCGUGCAUCAUCAUCCUGAUCGCCACGCCCCUGGUGGCGAUCAUCAUCCCCUUCCUGGGUGUGCUCUACUUCUUUGUGCAGAGGUUUUAUGUGGCGUCGUCUCGCCAACUGAAGCGCCUGGAGUCCGUCAGCCGCUCACCCAUCUACACCCACUUCAACGAGACCCUGCUGGGCACGUCGGUCAUCCGGGCCUUCGGGGAACAGGAGCGCUUCAUCUGUGAGAGUGACCAGCGCGUGGACCUCAACCAGAAGGCGUACUACCCCGGCAUCGUAGCCAACAGGUGGCUGGCUGUUCGUCUGGAGUUUGUGGGAAACUGCAUCGUGUCCUUUGCUGCCUUGUUCGCCGUCGUAGCCAGAGAGAGCCUGAGUCCAGGCAUCAUGGGGCUGUCGAUCUCCUACGCCCUCCAGCUGACGGCCUCCCUCACCUGGCUGGUGAGGAUGUCUUCUGAGGUGGAGACCAAUAUAGUAGCUGUGGAGAGAGUGAAGGAGUACAGUGACACAGAGAAAGAGGCGGAGUGGAAACAGGAGCCCUCCCGCCUCCCCCCAGGGUGGCCCACCGACGGCUGCAUAGACAUCAGAGGCCUCGGCCUGCGCUACCGCCCCGAUCUGGACCUCGCCAUCCGCAACAUCACCCUCGUCAUAAACCGAGGAGAGAAGGUGGGGAUUGUGGGGCGCACUGGAGCGGGGAAAUCCUCCCUAACGCUGGCGCUGUUCCGGAUCAUCGAGGCGUCAGAGGGCCACAUCUUCAUCGACGGGGUGGACAUUGCUCUGCUGGGCCUCCAUGAGCUCCGGUCCAGAAUCACCAUUAUACCACAGGAUCCGGUGCUGUUUUCGGGCUCCCUGAGGAUGAACCUGGAUCCUUUCGACUGCUACUCCGAUGAGGAAGUGUGGAGGGCCCUGGAGUUAUCCCACCUCCAGAGCUUUGUGUCCGGCCUGCCUAACAAACUCAGUCAUGAGUGUAGUGAAGGAGGAGAGAACCUCAGUGUCGGCCAGCGGCAGCUGCUGUGCUUGGCCAGAGCUCUGCUGAGGAAGACCAAGAUCCUGGUCCUAGACGAGGCCACCGCCGCCGUGGACAUGGAGACGGACAACUUGAUCCAGUCCACCAUCCGUUCUCAGUUUGAGGACUGCACCGUCCUGACGAUAGCUCACCGUCUGAACACGGUCAUGGACUACACCAGGAUUCUGGUGUUGGACAAGGGAGAGAUGGCAGAGUUUGACGCCCCCCACAAUCUCCUCGCACAAAGAGGAGCCUUUUACAAGAUGGCCAAGGACGCCGGGCUGGUCUGAAGCAGGAGGUGCUUCUUCAUGUCCAGCUCCUCCUCUGACCCCCCUCGGGGCUCCACGUCGUGGACUUGCUGAGUUACGGAGGGAGGGGCAGAUAGAGAAUGGGGAGUGUUACUUUUUAAGCGGGGUCGUUGACGAGAUCCACACUUCAGCUUUACGACACAAUUGUGUGUACGCGUGUGGAAUAGAGCAUUAUAUCUGUGCUGAGAGUAGGAGGCUCCCCCGCCGUGUGUCUGCUGGUUGUAGUAACCGACAUGCAGGGACAGAACGCGUGGUGCCUCUCGCAUGCCGAUUUGAAACAUUAGGGCUAACAAAGAAGCAGGUACGUAAUCUGCGUUUCAACGGAAUGUUCCUUACUCCGUCUAAAUUCCAUGCCUCAUCCAGAAUGUGCUGUAUGCUGAUCUUAGAAAGCAGUUUUUAGUUGCCUGUUCUGCAUAGGAACAGGAAAUGACCGUCUGUGGUCUACGCUGCGUCGGGUGGCGAUCAGCGCGGACAUCUUCUCCUUCUCAAGCGCUGAUAAGAUGUCUGCAGUGAAGGUGUGAAUAUGUGCUUAGUGGUCCGUCUCCACCUUGUGGAGACGGACCACCUUGGUGUGUCGGCUGCGCCUGUGAGCUCCUCCUGAGGAGGGGCGCUUGAGGAGCAGAGCAGGCCGGCUGACGACGCCAUGAAGCCGACACGUAAAUCUACAAACGCACAAACUGAUGGAUGAUUGCAACUUGACUGUUUUUGUCCAGCACUGACAUUUAUUUAUUAUGUUUGGUCUUUCAGCAAAAGGGUUCCAUGUGUAUUUUCACGCUAACUGUUGAGUUAAGAUGUUCUACUGCUUUAUAGUACAUACUUAUUUGUUUUUGUUAGGGUUACUCCAAUGAGGUCACAAUGCGCUGAAUGUAAACCAAAUGGAUGCAGUUCUCUUGUUUCUUCAUGGGUUUUAUGUACCCAUAAAGUAUAUUUAAUUUGUUUACAGUUGACAUGACACACCUCAAACAAAUGCAUGCAUGUCAAUAUAUAAAAAAUAAAUAAAAUACUUUUUUUCAAGUUUC